UAUCGGUGCGUGUAUGGCCAGCUUAACAGACUGCGAUAGACCCAUGAGCCAUCUCCUUAGUGCUACGCUAUAACCCGCCUAUAAACUGGCGCACGUUUGGGCCAAAAAAAAUCUCUUGUAAAACAUACCAAUCAGGGCCAAGGGGUAGGGCUUAGGGCGCCCGGCACAGUUGGUUAUAGAGUUACUCGCACAGUCCUACGGAGAGAGUCGCUUGACAAUGUGACGGAGAGACUGGUUUCUUAAAUGAAGAAAGUACAGCGAGAAUGUCACUCAGUAAGGAACGUAGGUAACUCAGGGCUACAGUGACACACGGAGUUAAAGCGCAAGUGUAAGGCAGCCAGGUAGGGAACAAAGUAACGCGGCUAGUAGCGACAGAGUUUUAGUAGCGAGAGAAACAGGAAAAGGGAGAGACACAGGCGCGUGAUUUAAGGGUUAGUAAGGGGAAGUGAGAGACGGCUGGUAUGGGGAACAUGGCACAGUGGGACUAGGAGAGCCGUAAGUGGAACAUACAGACAAGGAAGAGCGGGGAGAGGGAUCAUGCUGAGGGUGGGAAUGAUAAGGCUUAAGUAGCUGUUGCUUUAGAGAAGGCGGCAGUGUGACGUGUGCUGGAAGUCUUGUGCCAGGACCACAAGUGGAGGAGUGUAUCCUCUCAGGCACCAAGCGUUUGACAGCAAUAAAUAGGGGACCUGUGUAUUUUUUGAGGUGGAGAGCAAUAGAAGCCCUUGAAAUUCCUGUCUGGCAAGGGUGCACUGUGCAGUAAUGGUGAGAGAGGCACCUCCGAAUGGUGUGUUACUGGAUUCUACACAGUCAAACAGUAUGGCAGACAAGAUCAUUCGUCCAGGCACAGCUACUUUGCCCCAGUCUCCAGAAAGUGAACUGGGUCAGAACUCAGGAGAUGCUACAAAGCUGUACACAAGGCGCUGGUUCAUUGUGCUGCUCUUUAGUUCAUAUUCUUUGUGCAAUGCAUUCCAGUGGCUUCAAUAUGGUAUUAUUAGUAAUAUCAUCAUGCACUAUUAUGGUAUAAGCAGUCUAGCCAUAGACUGGCUCUCAAUGUCAUAUAUGUUGGCCUAUAUCCCACUAAUUUUCCCAGUGGCCUGGCUCCUGGACACUCGUGGCCUUCGUGUCAUUGCAUUAAUUGGCUCUGGGCUGAACUGUUUGGGUGCCUGGAUUAAGACAGGUAGUGCUCGGCCAGACCUGUUUGGAGUGACACUUUUUGGGCAGCUGGUGUGUGCAGUGGCGCAAGUUUUCAUCCUGGGAAUGCCGUCUCACAUAGCAUCUGUGUGGUUCAGUUCUUCUGAGGUCUCCACUGCAUGCUCCAUUGGAGUAUUUGGCAAUCAGCUAGGGGUAGCGAUUGGAUUUCUUCUGCCCCCUGUGCUGAUACCGAACAUUCAAGACUUGGAUUUGCUUUCAUAUCAUCUCAAACUUAUGUUUAUUGGCACUGCAGCUGUAGCGUCUGUACUGUUUAUCCUCGUCAUCUUCGUUUUCCAGGAUGCCCCAAAGAAGCCUCCUUCCUUGGCACAGGCUGCAUUGCUGUCUGUCCCCCUCAGUCAGUACUCCUACAAACAGUCCAUCCUUCGUUUGCUGACAAAUAGAAACUUUAUCCUUUUGGUUGUAUCAUAUGGUUUAAACACAGGCGCAUUUUACUCCCUCUCCACACUGUUGAACCGAAUGAUAACCUUUUACCAUCCAGGUGAAGAAGUAAAUGCUGGGAGGAUUGGCUUGACUAUCACAGUGUCUGGCAUGUGUGGAGCAUUGCUCACAGGUCUCUGGCUGGACAGGACAAAGACAUACAAACAGACUACGCUAUUUGUGUAUGCCUUUUCCCUGGCAGGAAUGGUGACAUUCACUUUCAUCCUGAAGCUUCGCUAUCUCUGGGUCGUCUUUGUCACUGCUGGAUGUCUGGGGUUCUUUAUGACAGGAUAUCUUCCACUUGGAUUUGAGUUUGCAGCAGAAUUGACACAUCCAGAGUCUGAGGGAACAUCAUCAGGAUUACUGAAUGUAUCAGCACAGGUAUUUGGUCUGAUCUUCACCACAUCACAGGGACAAAUUCUGGAUAAAUUUGGGGUUGAGGCUGGAAAUAUUUUCCUCUGCAGCUUCCUGUUGGUGGGGACAAUCAUAACAGGAUGUAUUAAGCCUGACCUUCGCAGACAAAGAGCCAAUCAGGAGGCAGCCAAUAAUCCUUUCCAUGAGAAUUCUCUGCUCUCCUUCAAUUAUGGCUCAGUCGAUCAAUCUGACCAUUAAGCAGAAUGCUGAGCCACAAGUGGAAGAAGGGGAGACCCCUUCCUCUCUCUUGUCCUGUCAAGAGUGAUAACAGAUUCCAUCUUGCCACAGAACACAGCUUUAAACAAAAUGUCUGCUUGGUAAUGGCAUUUUUGAGGCUGGUGAUGUUUCCAUCAGGGUUCUUUUAUGCCUAAGUGAACAAUUUACCUUUGGACUUUAAGUUUUUAUACCAAAGAAGAAUUCUAUCAAUAUAUUUUGCAAACCAGGAUGCACAGACUGCCAUGGAAUCUGACUUGAGUAUUGCAGUUUAAAAUUGUCAAGUGUUUGUAAUUAGAGACUUAAAUAAAAUCUAAUUAAUUUAUUUA